CUGUCCUGCCUCUCCCGUGAUACACCCUGGGCGAUUGUGUAGCUGUGGGCUUCUCUCACGUCGUUUUGGUCCUUCACUCCAGAAUGACUUCUGCCACCUAAACUCCACUUGGUGUAAUGGAUCGGAACUGCCGACAGCACUUCCAACAAUGUGCAACAUUAAACUAGGCCUAAACAGUCCUUAUGUACGUCAGUCAGCAAAGCGUAUGGAGCAUCGGAGCAUGGUCAUCUGAGCUGAAAACUUGCUAUUGGUAGCCUGAUAGACAAGCCUAUGAAGCCUUGUCAAAUAGGCCUGAACCAGAAACUGAUUGGUUGGUAAAAGUGUCAUUUUCAGAACCCAGACUAGUUCAACUCGUUACGUUCUCUUCAAAAGGUGAAAUUACUGUCAGACGUUGGACAUUCACAGACAUUUAUCACGUUUAUCUCAGAACAAAAUAUCCUCUGCAAACUGGUGCGUCUUAAUAAGUGGCACGGAUCACCCUCCCUGCUUAAGGUGCACUAGUCCUGGGAAUCAACAUAUUUCAGGCAUGAUAAGAGACCGGUCAUCAAGAUACUAAGUUUGCACAUCACUGACCAAGAAACCAUGGCUGAAACCGACCCCCUGUUGCCCAGAGUUUCAAACUCAAGCAUCAACAAGUGUGAUUCUGUCAACGGAGACAUCCUAAGUGCGGAGAACCCAUCUCUUCCGACGAAAAGCUUGAAGAAUGGAAAGCCCAUGGCAGGAGAACACGUAGUGUACAAAGCAAGAUGGUUCAUUCUGGCCGUCUUCUCGCUACUUUGUGUUUUGCAAGCAGCAGCGUGGAACACAUGGGGUCCCAUCGCCGACACAGCCAAGGUUGUACUAGACUGGACGGAUGGUGACAUAGCCCUGUUGGCUAACUGGGGUUGCAUCACAUUCAUUAUCACCGCUUUUAUGUUUUCCUAUCUAUUUCUUAUCAAAGGUCUCAGGUAUUGCGUCUUAUGCAGUUCCUUGAUCUUCCUAAUGGGAGUCGCUAUUCGGUGCAUUCCUGUCGGUAUAGAAAACGUGAAGUGGACAAUGAACGCUGGCCACAUUUUAAUUGGCAUAGCUGGUCCCGUUAUGAUGUCAGCACCAACUGAAUUAUCAGCGGUCUGGUUCCCGCCUCACCAACGGACCACCUCCACGGCUAUAUCUUCUACCUCAGCAUUUUUUGGCAUGUCCUUGUCGUAUCUGGUGGGGCCGUUAGUAGUCACAAGUCUUCCGCCAAAUUCAAGUUCAAAUGCAGAAUCCAUAGACCCAAAGGAGAAAGCACUGUACUUCAAAGAAAUAAUGAAGUUAAUGUACAUAGAAUGUGGAGCUGUGGCCGUCGUGGUCAUCGCGGCUCUACUGUACUUCCCUGAGAAGCCGCCAACCUCACCCAGCUUAUCUGCCACCAAACCUCGGGAAAGCUUCAAAGAUGGAGCCCUGAAGAUAAUCAAGAACAUACAUUUUUGGCUUCCUGCGGCAGCCUACAGCAUAUCAACAGGAGUUUACGAUGGCUGGAAUACGCAACUAGACACAAUUUUCAAGACUACUUUGAACAUAGGACAGGAAACUGUUGGUUGGAUUGGAUUCAUCUCCAAUAUUGCCGGGAUGCUGGGAGGCUUGAUAGUUUCAAGACUUGUAGACAUCCUUGGCGGUAGGAUGAAGGCAGUAUUGAUUUCACUCACCCUGGCAGCCUUCGUUAGCUGUGUAUGGUGUGUUCUACUCUCAAUGAAGUAUAUCUCAUACAGUUUAGUGAGCGUCUACAUUGCAUGUAUCUUCAUUGGACUUUUCAUCAACGCCUGCGUGCCCAUAUACUUUGAGAUCACGGUCGAGGGCAUGUAUCCUGUCUCGGAAAGCAACAUAACAAUGGUGCUGACAUUCAUGAAUAAUGUGACUGCUCUGAUAUUCCUGUUGCUGCCGAUGAUUCCAAAUCUAAGUGUGAUUUGGAUGAACUGGCUCCUUCUAGGUUCCGUCUUCGUGUGCUUGCCUCUUCUCAUGAUGUAUAAGGAGCAUUACAAUCGUCUGGAUGAAGAUAUGACGGAAAGUAUAUCCAAAGAGGAUAACAAAUGAUAAAGUAUUCUUCGAAGGCUGCGCAUUUUGAAAUAAUUUAGAGUUCGAUUAUUCUAAAUGGGACAAAUAUUCGUAAUGAGCUGAUCAAACUUAAUGUGCACCGGCCUAAACAGGCUGCAGAUCCGGAUUUGUAUGCGCCUGCAUUUGUUAAUAAUUGACAAAGAGCUUAUUAAAAUCAAGGGCAGAUCUAGAACACAAUUUUUUGGGGGGCCAAAAAAAAAUUUGGUCCCCCCAAAAAGUGGGUCAAAAAAAUUACG